AUGCAUUGGGUGCGAGUUGAAAAGUCUGCACUGCCCUCGUGUGCAACACAACACAACCUAUACAAGAAUGACAGGAAUAACAGCUGUGACAAUUCCAACAAGAACGACAGGAAUAACAGCUGUGACAAUUCCAACAAGAACGACAGGAAUAACAGCUGUGACAAUUCCAACAAGAACGACAGGAAUAACAGCUGUGACAAUUCCAACAAGAACGACAGGAAUAACAGCUGUGACAAUUCCAACAAGAACGACAGGAAUAACAGCUGUGACAAUUCCAACAAGAACGACAGGAAUAACAGCUGUGACAAUUCCAACAAGAACGACAGGAAUAACAGCUGUGACAAUUCCAACAAGAACGACAGGAAUAACAGCUGUGACAAUUCCAACAAGAACGACAGGAAUAACAGCUGUGACAAUUCCAACAAGAACGACAGGAAUAACAGCUGUGACAAUUCCAACAAGAACGACAGGAAUAACAGCUGUGACAAUUCCAACAAGAACGACAGGAAUAACAGCUGUGACAAUUCCAACAAGAACGACAGGAAUAACAGCUGUGACAAUUCCAACAAGAACGACAGGAAUAACAGCUGUGACAAUUCCAACAAGAACGACAGGAAUAACAGCUGUGACAAUUCCAACAAGAACGACAGGAAUAACAGCUGUGACAAUUCCAACAAGAACGACAGGAAUAACAGCUGUGACAAUUCCAACAAGAACGACAGGAAUAACAGCUGUGACAAUUCCAACAAGAACGACAGGAAUAACAGCUGUGACAAUUCCAACAAGAACGACAGGAAUAACAGCUGUGACAAUUCCAACAAGAACGACAGGAAUAACAGCUGUGACAAUUCCAACAAGAACGACAGGAAUAACAGCUGUGACAAUUCCAACAAGAACGACAGGAAUAACAGCUGUGACAAUUCCAACAAGAACGACAGGAAUAACAGCUGUGACAAUUCCAACAAGAACGACAGGAAUAACAGCUGUGACAAUUCCAACAAGAACGACAGGAAUAACAGCUGUGACAAUUCCAACAAGAACGACAGGAAUAACAGCUGUGACAAUUCCAACAAGAACGACAGGAAUAACAGCUGUGACAAUUCCAACAAGAACGACAGGAAUAACAGCUGUGACAAUUCCAACAAGAACGACAGGAAUAACAGCUGUGACAAUUCCAACAAGAACGACAGGAACAAAACAUGAAUUAAUCAAAUCCAGACAUUCUCAUGAGAGAGGGAGGGGGGAAGAGGGAGAGGGAGGGGGAAGAGGGACAGGGAGAAAGGGAAAGGAAGAGGGAAGGAGAGAAAGAGGGUGAGAGGGAGAGGGAGUGGGAUAGAGAGGGAGCAGGACAGAGAGGGAGGAAUUUACACAAGCAGGUUUAAUCUUGACAUUUCCUAUUGAUCAAUUAAUCAUCCGAUCUAGUCAUCGAUUAAUCACACCUGUUUGCUAGUGAUAUUACAAUUGCAUUGAAAGACAAUUCCAUGUAAUACAAUUCAUUAACACAAUGCUGUUAACUGCACAUUUCAAACUGACAGCUAAUGUUUAACAUAGAAACACUGAAUACAGCUUCGCUUUGGCACAGUCUUCACAAGUGCCCUCCACAACUCUGCAAGUUCUAACUUGAUUUUAAAGAUCAAAGUCCACAAGUGUGUUUAAUUGAUUGUUCAUUCAGCAAUUAAAACCCCUUAAUUAAUCACAGAUGAGGCUUCUUCAUUACAGCCACGCUGUAGAGUACAGGACAGCAAACCCAGCGUGAAACAGCGACUCGCACCCACUGCACCCUGGGCUGCUUGAGGUGGACUGGCCCCUCCGGGCUGGAAAUGAAACUGUCCCACUGAACUGAACCGAACUAGGGGGUGAGAGGAGGAGUAGAGAAGAGACCGAGUCCAGCAGAGCAGCGUUCGGGCUCCAGUGCCUUCAUCAGUGUUACUGAAACUAAACUGAGUCCAGCAGAGCA